AUGAUCCCUGACAAGAUAUUCGAGUUGGAUUACCUGAAAACUCUGUUUGCACACAACAACAAGAUCGAAGUGCUUCCGACUUCUGUUGGCGAUCUCAAGAACUUGGCGCAGCUGCGAAUCUUCGGUAAUAGGUUGACCUGGCUUCCAGAAGAACUUGGACUGUGUGAGUCCCUACAAACAUUGUGGGUUCAAGAUAAUCAGCUGAUAGCCCUGCCAAAGUCCAUGGGAAAGUUGACGCAACUGAAGAUCCUGGUGGUUGCUCGCAACCCUCUGCGAUCAUUCCCUGCUGAGCUGCAGGAAUGUGAAAACCUGAAGGAUAUCGACGCUGACGGACUACAGGACACUCUCUCCGUCCCUCCCAUGGAGAUCACCGUGCUACGAGACCUCCACGAGCUUCAUCUCUCCCACAACCCGCUCAUGGCGUUGUCGGACAUCAUUCAGACUCUGAACCAGCUCCGAGUGCUCAGGCUAGACAACACUCUCAUCGACGAGAUUCCCACUUUCAUCGGGAAGCUCUCGAAGCUUCGAACGAUAUCGGCUGUUCAGAACCGGCUAACGUCGCUCCCCGAUCAGCUCUGUACCUUGACAUCUCUCACUAAGGUCAACUUUGACAGCAACAGUCUGCAUGUUCUCCCGGAGGCGAUCGGGAAGCUCAAGAACCUCAAGGAGCUGUCAGUAACGAAGAACAAGAUCGGCUGGAUCCCUUCCUCCAUCGGGAACCUCCACAGCAUCGAAGAGAUGCGGCUCAGCUUCAACAGGCUGCAGAAAAUUCCACAGGAGAUCGGGAGAUGUCAAACGCUCGUCCGACUUCGUUGCAGCCACAAUCUCAUCUCACAACUUCCUCUCGAGCUGGAGCUCCUGACAAACCUGGAGGACCUCUCCUUCAACUCCAACCAACUGGAAACUCUCCCCUCAAGCAUGGGCGCGCUGACCGCCAUGACCAAGCUGGACCUGAGCAAGAACAAGCUGAGCAGGAUGAGCGCGGUGAUGGGGGCUUGGCAGCGGCUGGAGUUUCUUGAUCUCAGCGGGAACAUGAUUGCUGAACUUCCUUCUACGAUCGGAAACAUGCGGCAGAUGAAACUGGACCUCUCCAACAUGGAGCUCAACAACUUUCCGCUGGAGAUUGUCAACAUGGAAUCGCUGACGGUGCUCGAUCUCAGCGACAAUCAUCUCGAGUCUCUUCCUCCGGAGAUUGAGCAGCUUGUGGGAGUGGAGAUCUUGAACCUUGAACGCAACAAUCUUCUGUUCCUUCCCCUGGAGCUGGGCUCGUUGUACACCAUCCGGGAGCUGCUGUUUGCGGGCAACGAGCUCCGAUCUCCUCCCGUGGAGCACUGUCAACUCACCAUGAUCAAGUCGUUGAACCUCGACAACAACUCCCUCGAGCAGCUGCCUGACGAGCUCAGCCGGCUGGUCAACCUUGAACAGUUCUCUGCGACCAACAACCGACUUACCUUCCUCCCCCUCACCUUCGGCCACCUCAAGAACUUGACGCACUUUGACGUCAGCGGGAACGAGAUGGUGACCCCCCCGAUGGAGGUCUGCUCAGCAGGAGCC